GGAUACAAGCUGAUGUUGGGCGCGUCUAAUCCGCCAAUAUUUCCUUUUUUCCCUCCCCUCUCUUCAGCUGUCGUUGAUUUGCUUUCUGCCACUCUCUAGAGGCCAGUCGCGUCCACGUCUGCUUUUCCUCAUCAACUAGCGCACGUUCAAAACGGGCUGGUGGACAAUAACCACAAGGCCUCAAAGUGCAUCCGGAGGCCAGUGGCGCUGAAAUUUUUUCCGAAAUGUCGGGCGCAACACCAACGCACGAUGCCGAUCGCACAAUACUACGCAGGACACCGCGAUUACGCGAGUUGGAUAAUUCUCGUUUGGACCCUUCGUCACACAAACCAGCCAAUCCCAAUGGCUUUAUAUCAACUGUCAAGCCUAAUAAUACACCAAUACCAGAUGGCCCAGAGAGGGUGGGGGAUAUCGCAACGGCAGUUGCACAUGCCACUGUUCCUGCAUGGGCGAAUGUGGGGUUUAUGUUGGCCCUGAUAUUUGGUGGCUGCUGUGCCAAUGUUUUUACUCUGGAAGCAAUUGUUACGGACAUGCCCCAUGCUGGUGCGCUUAUCACAUUUACUCAGUUUGCUAUGACCUCGCUCCUUACUCUUCCAAAUAUCCUCUCUUUCUCUGCUGGCCCUAAGUUUUUAUUUCUGAAGGCUCGUGGCAUUCCAUUGAAAGACUGGAUCAUAUUUACGGCAUUCUUUAUGACUGUUAACUUGAUGAAUAAUUCUGCCUUUCUGUUCAAGAUUUCUGUGCCAUUGCACAUCAUCAUACGAAGUGGUGGACCGGUGACAUCCAUGAUUAUUGGAUACCUGUACAAUUCAAAGAGAUACACACGAGUUCAGAUUUUCGCCGUAUCUAUGCUUUCGAUUGGAGUGGUCACCUCUGCGCUCGCUGACGCCAGUGCAAAAGGCAAAUCGCUAGAUCUUGGCUUGAAUUCCAGUGAUAAUGAGGUCUCCCCAACGAGAACAUUACUCGGAUUUGCGAUUUUGGGUCUCGCCAUGAUUCUUGCAGCGUUCCAAGGUGUCUAUGCUGACAGACUUUAUCAGAAAUACGGCCGGGAUAAUUGGCGCGAAGGUCUAUUCUAUUCGCAUGCACUGUCGUUACUUAUACUAAUCCCAACAUAUCCAAAAUUCAUCCCGCAGAUAAAAUCACUCCUGUCCUCGCCGUCAGUCCUCGCAUCUUUCCCCGUUCUUGCUUCUACCUUGUCUGCACAUUCGUCUAUUAAUAGUGUCAUGCCGAAUUCCUCCACAAUCCCCGCCUCUGCGUCAACACUACUUCCUUCUUUUCUCUCUGACCACAGCCUGUUCCAGCCCUAUCUCCUCCUGACCUCACUUGUCGAUAGCCCUCCUUUGCACUCACUUCUUUCACGUGUGCCGCUGAAAAUGAUCUAUCUUCUCUUGAACGCACUGACACAAUAUCUUUGCAUUCGUGGCGUGUAUUUGCUUAGCGCGAAGUCUUCUUCCCUCACAGUGACUAUUGUCUUGAACAUUAGGAAGCUGGUGAGUUUAAUCCUGAGCGUGUAUUUGUUUGGUAAUCACCUGUCUGCUGGUGUUAUGGCGGGUGCUGGAAUAGUUUUCCUCGCAGGUGGUAUCUAUGCAUGGGAGGGGGCUAGGCUAAGGAAGAUGCAGGCGAAGAUAAAAGAAAAAAGUGUAUAGAUGAGGUUCCGAGACCGGUAUUUCCCGGCUUGUCACAGGGUUGGAGUUGAUUGGAUGCUGAUUCUCUUUUUUUGUGGUUGGACUUGGGUGCAUUAGAUGCAUGAUAGAUAGACCAGACUCAGGCUGCAUUCUGAGUACAUGCUGUGUACAGCAUAUACAUACAUAGCAUUAUACCCAAUGUUAGAACAGAUAUCUAGAUUUGCAGACCCCCAAGGCCUGGUUUGAAUACAUAGUAUGACAAGUUCACAUCUACACGGGCCUUGUAACGAAAUAUCAAGUCGUGUAGCUGCAUUAAAGUUUCACAUCCCGUCGCCCAGAAACGGUGCCCAAAGCGCCCUGACUAGGUAAAGAGACAUGCGAACGUCAGGUGCUUAACAAUGAAGGGACGAAACAAGGAUAAAAAAAGGGCCAGCCACCAUCCCCGGCAUUCAUCGUGUACAAAAAAAGAUAAAAAAUAAAAGCUAAAAAAAAGGUGGAAUGGAAAUACAUGCCCGUAGAAUAUACAUACAUCAUUCAAAGUGUCGCCUCAGCAUCGUAGCGUAGUCUUCUCAGGCUUCGAGUAUAGAAGACCCUGUUUUAUACUCACUCUAAAAGUAGUUCUUGUCCGAUUCUUGGCUCUUCAUGUUAUCCAAACGAUGCAAGAAAUAGCAGCAAGAAACGAAAGAUGCUUAAACCGGAAAGGGGAGAAAGGGGAGCGCGUAGAGAUGCGAAAAUGAAGAGAGUAUAGGAACCUGCCACUAAGAGGUAUAGCCAAAGAGAAAGAGCUUUCCCAAGCAUGCACGAUGAUUUUUGAGGUAACGAAGUGAAGAAAUUAGGGAAAAGAAAAGAUGCAUGUUACAGGUUAAAAAAGCACACGGAUGUCGUUUGAAGAAAUGCAGCUAGAUCCUUUACAGCACCUCUCCCACGAUCUUCGCCGCUUUCUUGUACGUUUCGAGUAAUUUCUCGCAUUUUUCUCGUUCAGCUUUGAUCCCAUCAUCCUCGUACAGAAGCUCAGGAAAGAGUUCUUCCUUGUACAACUCACUAACUAGCCUGUUCUGCACAACCUCUUUGCUGUGGUUAACAAGCAGAUGCAUGAUGGCUUUGGGAACCUGGUCGGCAAUGGUUUCCCGAACGAUGUUAAAGUAAGACGAAAUAAGACGGCGGAUGAGCUCUGUCUCGAGGGCUUCGCGAUCUGUAAGCGCGGGCUCGGUGUCAUCCUU